AUGUAUGGUAAUUUCUUGGCUGGAUCACAUGACACAAUUACCUCAAGAAUCGAUCAAGAUGUAUUGCAGGUCUGCCUACGUUUCCGAUUUUUUCUCCCUGGCGGGGUCUUUCCACGCGCUUUUGGUGCUAUAGAUGGACAAAGUUUAACACAGCCAAAGCUGCCAAAUCCUUUCCUCUGUUGCAAAGAGGAAAAGGGAAGGAGAGAUAUGACUGAAUACGAUGAUCGCAGCUGUGCGUCAAAUAUGUAUUUACCGAGCUGUACUUAUUAUGUUUCGACGCCCGAUUUUACAUCAGUCUCCUCCUUUUUACCGCAGACUACUUCGUGUCAGAUUAAUUUCCCCUAUUCUCCCAACAUAGCCCAAGUCCAACCUGUUCGAGAAGUCGCUUUCAGGGAUUAUGGACUGGACCAUCCCAGCAAAUGGCACUACAGGGGCAAUUACGCGUCCUACUACUCAACGGACGAGAUGAUGCAUCGGGACUUGAUCCAGUCCUCCAGCAGCAGGGCGGAUGUAAGAUUCAAAAAUGAGUCCUUGUAUGGCCACCACGGGGGCACAAGCUCGCCCUGCAAUUUCUUCACCAACGUCGGCCGAAAUGGGGUUCUUCCCCAGGGCUUCGACCAGUUUUUGGACGCUGGUAACUCGGACAAGCCCAACGCGGAACUCCCCAAACAAAAGACAGACUCUGCUGCUCCCGGAGAUGCUGCGAACAACAUUCAGGCUUUAACCAAACUGGAACAGCACAAAGCUGAGCCGAGCGGGAGCGGCGACGAGGACUCGUCCUCCAACUGCGGCGACAGAAACAGCCAACAGAGUUCAUCAACCAAGUCCAGGAAGAAGAGGUGUCCUUACUCCAAAUACCAGAUCCGAGAACUUGAACGAGAGUUUUUCUUCAACGUGUACAUUAACAAAGAGAAGCGGCUUCAGCUGUCCAGGAUGUUAAACCUGUCCGAUCGGCAGGUGAAGAUUUGGUUUCAGAAUAGAAGAAUGAAAGAGAAAAAGCUGAACCGCGACCGCCUACAGUAUUUCACUGGGAAUCCUUUAUUCUGAUACCUGACAUAGGCCUAGUGCACACACACACACACACACACUCACACACACACACACACACGGUAGUAAAAUAGAAGCUAUACACCCAUAUCUUUUAAAGACUGCCCCCUCUGCAUAUUCAGCUGACAUAUGUGAGCCCGUAUCAUCCUGUUUAAACUGUUUAUUUAGCAAAAAUCUUAUUGCAAACAAUGUAUGCAUUUAUUUAUUUGUGUUCACAUAUUUUUUCGAGUUAUUGGCAAAAAAUAUUUCAGCAAAGAGCGAGCUGUGCUUUGAAAUUAUUUAUAUAAAAAUGUGUAGGCGUUCUACCGUGUGUAAUGUCCAUUUAUAGGACGCAUGUAGCCUAAUGCACGUUGUGGUGUGAAAUAAAGUAGACACAUCAAAUGUAUCAUAGUCACGAAACUUGUCACAUGAACCUAACCAAGUCCUACAGAAAUAACAUGAAAAGGGGGGAUUUUUCUUAAGAUUCAUCAAUGGAGAAAUUUGGCGCUUGCGGGCUUCAAUGAUCCCGUUAGUUCCUUUUGCUUUCAAACACGGGUUGUUUACUAAACCUUGAACCGUCCAGACAGUAUAAUAAACGUAGCUGUAAAUAUCUAAAUAGGGGGCUAUUGGACUUUGGUGUCCCAACCCCCCAUUCCACGAGAGGACUGAUUCACUUUCCUGUCCCAAAGUAGCUAGUUUCGCUCCAGGCUACAGAUGUUUGGAGAAUUCUAGAGAUUUCUGCGCAUCCCGUCCACAUCUCCUUCUCACAUCCGAUACUGUCACAAAUGUUACCAGUGUUAAAUGGGAGACAAUAGGAUGUUCUAACACGGACAGCCAUAUAGGAUAGGCAAUUGUUCAAGUGUAUCUGCUUUUGUAUUCUGAACAGACGAAAUGUGGCUUUGACGCCUCUAAAUUUGCUGCAAAGGAGAACAAUUUCUAAUUAGCAUAAAAAGCGUGUUUCCAUCUUUAAUUAAUGCAGGUGUUCGUGCAGCUCCACUGUACAUUCACCCCAGGCUGGCUCUAUAAGAAGUGAAAUCAUCUGGGGCCAUGUUUUACCUCAGUAAUGUAUAUGUUCUAUUUUUAUAACCAAAGGACAGAGUAAGUAAAUGCAUUGAUUCCACACAAACAGUCGCUUUAUUGAUCAUUCAUGUGAUGCCAGUAGGGGAUUAUUUUCACUUCAGGUCUUUGCAGCAACAAUUACACCCCUUGUUUCAGCGUCUUUUAUGGGGAAGAAAAAAAGGUUGUUUAUUUCAUUUGUGAUGUGUCACAUAUUCAGUUAUUUCCCAAAAAGGCUAUAAGAAAACCGGGAUUUCAUUAAGCGUUUGAUUGGGUUGUCAUCAUGUCCUGCAGUGAAAUUGCAUUACCAACUGUGUGGGGCAUUUCACUUUGCUUCUCGGUGUAUCCACAUGAGGGCAGACUUGCAGCUUUAGCUUCCCGUGGAAAUGCAGGGUUCUGCCAAAUUUAACAUCUUGUCCUGCAUGAAAAUCAUCCAGUGGAGGGGUAAUCCGUUCUACAUGGGUUUUGUUUGGAUUUUUAUUUAAAUUCAUUUCAAUUAAAAGUGCAUUCAGUUGCAUAACCUUGUCAUGUCUUCGACAGAAUGCUAUUUUUUUUCUAACUCCAUUUUUUACAUCAAACAUUCAACAGUAGCCUGUGGGCUACAUUGUCUACAGUGUCUCUGUAGAAAAACAAGAGCACAGAUAAUCUUAAUCCUUAAUCUCACUGUUUUUUUAGUCAAGUAUUUAGUCUAGUUUUUUUAGUUUAACUGGUGCAAAUCCCGUGUCCCGCAGACUGCAAUUAGCCUACAUUUACAAGUCAUGUUCAAGUGUUUUGAGAGUCAAAGAAAAUAAAAUGUACUCCGUGUCUUUGCCAUCUGAACCUUUAAACGGUCUUUAUCUGAAGGCCACAUAAUAUUCUGGGCCAGUCUCUACAGACUCCAAAUACUCUGCCGAAAAUUUUACUUUCAUUGGAUUUAGUUUUGUAGCCUUAUAGCUGUUAUUAAAAUAUCCGUAGGCCUAUCCGUAUAACACGUAGGCCUGCUCCAAGAAGGAGAAAUGGAGUAGGCUACUUCUGUAGUUUCAAGCUUUAGGUUUUGCCAGAAACUACAACAAUGUCUGUGUACUCUUUUCGAAUAACUCUACUCUUAUGUUUUAAUUGUAUAUGCUAAACCCUGAUGUUUUAAAUAGACCCAACAGUGGAUCUCCUGAUAUUCCCUUUAAAUUAUUAUUAUUAGGCUAACAAUAAUAAUAAACUAUAGCCAAUAACCUGAGGUCCAAUUUCUCUUUACACUUUUAAGGUACUAGUUUAUAUUUUGUGCGUGUGUGAACUGUUGAUUAUACCUGAAGAAUAUACUCCAUACGCCUACUCUAUAAGACUACAGUUUUUUUGGCUCAGUGCCUCACAUGGUAUACAAAAUCGCCCGAUGCCAUUUUUGAGCAAUUAGGCCUAUUAUAAAUCUGAUUAUUAAAACAUAAAUGAUGUCCGUGCUGUCAAAUGUCUCCCUUAGCCUUCUUGCUUUAAAAUGGCCGAAUAUCAAGAUGUGUAUUUUUUGCACCUAUUUGAAAUUUGCGUUAACAAGCCUCUGUUUUGCUGUUUGUGAAUCAUGGGAUGUUGAAAUGAUUUGCAUACUACAAAUGUGUAUUUACAACCAACUGUACCGAAGAGCCUUGAAGGCCUGGCAGAUGAUCCUCUCACAGAAGUUUGAUUAUUUAAACCUUGUGGCAUAAAUACCAAAGCUAUAGGCCUAAUUAUUUCAAGCCGCAUGUACAGUGUUUUCUUCAUGUGGUUGUUUAUUAAGACUUGUAGGAUCAUUAUUAAUACCGUGGCCUGACUUCAGGUUUGUGGUCGAUGGACAUAUUCAAAUACAAUGUGUUUUUAUCUGCCAGACACACUUAACAGACACUCUGUUUAUCUUGCACACAUUUGCCUUCCUUGCAGACAAAAACAAUGAAGCCCCGAGGUUUUUGUUUUGUAACUUUGCAUUUGAACAUCGGAAAUACACGUGACAACAUGCAAAUA